AUGCCCACACAACAGUCUGUGGAAAAGGUGCUCGACACCGUUUCUCGCCGUUAUCGCGGCCCAGGAGGGGCUAUUGCUGUUAUCAAAGAUGGAAGUCUCCUCGGUCAGCGAGUUUGGGGAUAUGCUGAUCUUGACCAGCGGAUUCUCCUGACGCCAGAGAUUCAGAUGCCCAUUUGCUCAAUCACAAAACAGUUUGUCUGUGCCCUGCUCCUUGAUCUCGAGCGCAAUCCACCGCCAGAAGUAGCCGCCAAGGGUGACAUCCAAACUCAAUUCACGGACAAGCUUCAUGAGUUGCUUCGCCCUGAAUUAACCCAAGGCACCGGCCUGACGCUUCAACAUCUCUGCGACAUGCAGUCUGGCCUACGCGACUAUUGGGCCAUGACUACACUCUGGGGUGCACACCCCGAAGACAAAUUUUCUGUUGAAAAGGACGGCCCUGCUGCGAUUGAACGGACACAAUCCUUUCAUUUCAAACCUGGCAAUGAAUUCUCCUAUUGCAAUGUCAACUUCUAUAUUACGGCCCGCGUGAUUGAACAGGUCACGGGACAGCCCCUUGGGAAGCUGCUCGCUGAACGAGUGUUGUCUCCUGCUGGAAUGGCGACCGCGUUGCUCUGUCCUGAUACCGCCCAGCACCCGGGGCCGUGUGUUGGAUACGAAGGAACCGAAAAAACCGGAUACCAAGCAGCGGUCAAUAAGAUGGAAUGGUCCGGAGAUGCAGGCUUGGUAGCUUCUCUCACGGACAUGGUCGCGUAUGAAAAAUACCUGGAUCGCAUUCACUCGGACCCACGAAGUUGGUAUCGAAUUGCAACUGAGCCGCAGACAUUCAGCGAUGGCACUCGGGCUCAAUACCACUACGGACUUGGUCAUGUCAAUGUCGAAGGUAUAGAUACCGUGGGCCAUGGGGGUGCUUUGCGCGGAUAUCGACUUCACCGACGCCAUGUGCCAAGUGAGCACAUGUCUGUUGUGGUCCUGUUCAACCAUGAAGUCGAUGCAGCUGAGGCUGUCAAUGAUGUUAUCAGAGGGAUAAUGGGUCUUGAAAAGCCCAGUAGGAUGGAUAUUGCUGCAAGUCCUGACUGGAUCGGCACAUUCCUUGACCAUGAUUCAGAAAUGGCAAUCGCCGUGAGCAAAGGGACACAAGCUGGAGAGAUUUGCAUCAGCUACGCAUUUUCCCCUAGGUCUGAGGUUGUGAGAUUGUUAAAUUCCAAUGAAGCUCAGUCCAACUCAAUGACUGCGCGCAUCGAAGGGGACACUCUAUAUGUCAAUCGCAUAGGGGAUAAUCGCAAGCUCGAAGCUCGACGAAUCGUGCCUCGCGAAAGUGCAUUUGAGGAUACAUCUCUUCAAGGAGACUAUCACUGCACUGAAGCCGACUCGACCUUUCAUUGCGUCGGCGGGGCAGGACUUUUGUAUGGCUCUUUUGAUGGGUACUUGGGUCGUGGGCCAGCAAGUCUGAUGAAAUAUCUCGGUGAUGAUGUCUGGGCGUUGACCUGCCAACGUGGCCUGGAUGCACCUGCACCCGGUGAUUGGACUUUGGCUUUUCAUCGUGAUGAAAGUGGCGCUGUAGUAGAUUUCAAAAUUGGAUGUUGGCUGGCUAGAGGUCUCGUAUUCGUCAGGACUUAG